UGGAUAUUUGACUGAUUUGGAAUUUGACAUGGAAGCUGUGAACCCAAUCCAAAGAGCACGCUCAGUUCAGGAAGUCUCAAGCACAGUGAGGAGGCUUUGCGCUCAUUCAGCAGACCAGCAACAGCAAUCAGAUCUUUUUCUGAGUCUGGCCCUCCAGUUGAGAACUUUGACACUCCAGCAGCUGAAUGAUGUCUGGCAAGAGGUCUCCUUUAAAUGCCUUGAUGACUGGCAGCCUUUGCUAGAGGCACUACCAGCGUGUGGCUCUGAAGAAUGCAUCCAGUUCACAACAAACCUCAUCCUCAACAAGGAGAUUGGUCAGGAUCAUAUAAUCUCCUUCCUUAGUACCGUCACAUUUGCUUCCCAUCCCACACCAUCACUGAUCAGCCAUAUCAGUUCUCUGUUGACAUUUCCUCCGAUUCGUCCGAAGACUAUACUCGCUAUUUCUUCACUUGUCCACCGCCUCUGCCGGAAGGAACGUACUCCAUGUAGUCAGAUCCCUGAGGUCCAACAGCUUUUGCGGGUUCUGAAGGAGGAUCUAGGACAGAGCUGUGGAUGGCAAGAACCCUUACCAAUUACAGAGCUGCUUCAUGUUUUGAAAGCAGUGGAGAACAUCGGUCUGCCUGAAUUCAUUCCUCAAUUGAAAAUUUGUAUUCACAACCACUCGGCACCUGUACAGCUUCGAUUAGCUGCUGUACAAGCCUUCAGACACAUUCCCUGCCAUAGAAAGAAAGGAGUUCUUGCUUGGGCAUACCAGCAGCCUCAAGAGGAUGUGGAAAUUAGGAUUGCUGCAUAUCAGCAGCUCAUGUACUGUCCUGACCAGGAGGUGUUCAGGAUUGUAAAAGACACCUUAAGAAAUGAGACAUCUACCCAAGUGGGCUCUUUUGUCUGGAGCCAUCUCUUCAACAUCCAAAAAACAGAAGACCCUCUGAAGAGAGACUUAAUGGAGUCAUUGCCACAUGACAUUAUCAGUAAAGACUUUGAGGCUGAACCAUGGAAAUAUUCGUCACACAUGGACUUUACAAUGGAUACUGGUAUAUUAUGGUCCUCUCUGUAGACUACAGUAUGUGGGUAUAGUUUUUGGAGGUAAAUUAUCAUGUAUUGUGUUGUGCCAUUAGUCUUUUUUUGUCCUUGUACUCCCUUAUGUGUUUGAAAGGAGCGGACAUCCUCAAUAUUGAAGGAGCCCUGGUUUUCUCCCCAGUGUCCUUUCUGCCACGUUCGGCAAUGACCAAUCUGACAGCUUACUUGUUGGGCAGAUCAUUUAAUA